AUGCUGUCCCGAAUGGCCGUGACCUCACCGGUCACCGUCCUGGCCACACGAGCAUUUUCCACAGCCCUCCCUCUACGAAUCGCCUCCUCAAAACCAACCUACAACGCAUCCUCUCCCAAUCCAAGGGGCCCCGUGCGAUCCAACCCCCUCGUGGGCAAUUACGCUCCCGCCGAACCCACCAAACCUCGGGACAAACCAACCCAUUCCACGUCGUCUUCACCCAACGCCUCCGUGCCUCCUCCUCCGCCUCCUCCCGCCUCCGCCGCUCCCGCCAUCCCCGAGCCUCAAGAGAACCCAGCGCACGCCUACGACGCGGUGAGCCGCACCAACAUCACCAUUGACCUGGCCAACAUCAUCUCCGAAAAGGCCUCCUCGUACGCCUACAAACGCAGCGCCUCCAACCCCAUGGACAUGCCAAAAGUGCGCACCAAGGCCGUCUCUGGCCGCACCGUCUUCAUACAGGACCGCCUGUCCCCCACCUCUGCCCCGACGCCCAUGGUAGCCCUGCGCGUGCUCGAGAAGAUGUGCCGCGACCAAAAGAUCAAGAACAAAUUCCAUUCACAAAAGUUCCACGAGCGCAAGGGCCUCAAGAAGAAGCGGUUAAGGAGCCAGCGGUGGAGGUCCCGGUUCAAGACGGGAUUCAAGGCCGCUGUGAAUAGGGUCAUGGAGUUGAAGAAGCAAGGCUGGUGA